AUGUCCUCAGCAUCAGCAAGAGCAGAAGCGCGUCGCAGAGCCAUUCUCAGCCGAGGCUCUGAUCGUUUGGCGAAGCUGACCACAUCAGCCCGGGGAGAAGAUGCUCCAAGGUAUAUGAGUGAAAGCACAGGCAUCCGAUCUACUUCCAGGACAUUCCUAGGCGAAGAUACAGCAGACAUGCCAGUUCCAAAACCGUUGACUCCAGAUGAAUCUCAGGCUUCGUCUUCCGCACCUUCUGCUUCACGCUCUACAACGUCAACAACAACUGCUACCAACCCCGUAGAGGCGGCAGCAGGUCUGGGACUCGGACGACUACCCACCCCCGAUCCCUCCGUCUGGUCUCCAGAACAACAACAACAAUUCAUGCGAGCUCUCAUGGGUGCAGCAGCGAUGCCCCCGCAAGGCCAAGGUACCGGCCAAACUCCUCUCCAGUCACCUCUGGGAGAUCCAAAUGCCCCAAUCGACCCUUCCCUUCCACCCAUGGACAACCCACUGGCAGCCAUGCUCUUCCCUCAAGGUCCAGGUUUCAACCCCUCGAAAUCGCCUGUGCAGGAGGCCGCACCACCUCAACCACCCAGCAAGUUCCAGCGCUUAAUGCCUUUAGUCCACCUGCUAGCCAUGUGGUGCUUGCUCGCGUACUUUAUCUUCUACUUUGAACCCAAAGCAUACGUGGAACAAGCCGGGUUUGUGGACGGUGCCAACCAAUGGAGCCGCUGGGCGAACCUGAUACGCACUAGUCCGACUGCAGCUACGAUAACAAAAGUAUUCAAAGUUCAGUUAGUGCCGUUCUUCUGGGCGUUCCUCACACUCGAAGUUAUGCUUCACUCCCUCCGCAUCUUCUCAAAAUCUGACAAAAUCCAACCCCCAACCCUCCUCGCCCUCGCGCUUCCUCACAUCCCCGCGCCAUUCCCUUCUAUAAUCAUCAACUCCCUAAAAUAUUGGCGCAUGCUCUCCCUUUUCCUCGACGACAUCGCAGGCCUGGUCGUCGGACUAGGUUUCAUUAUCUACUUUGCUGGAUUCCUCUCAUAG